AUGGAGGCGGCAACAUGGACACCAUUUUGGAGAAGAUUUUAAAAGGGGAUAUAACAUCGGAUGACUCAACCGAUCCCCUUCAGAUUGUUAAAAAUGAGGGUGAAAAAGAGAAGUUAAAACAGCACAAUAUUGGAGAGCUGGUCCCCUUCCUUCUCAACUACCUUAGAGAAAAAACCUUGCAUCACUUAACCCCACGACAAAGUGCUGCUCUGACACCCAAGAAGACAUCAGUAUCCCAUGGCAAAGGUGCACCAGAAAAAGCUCUUCAUGUGGCAAAGGGCUCCUCUAGGGGGAAUGUAUUUCCUUCACAAAAGACCCCUUCUCCAUCCCCUGUUACUCCGUUGUCACAAAGUCGAAGAGAUACACCCUCUUCAUCGCCAAAUUUCAAGAGAAAGUCUCCUAAAGUGCCAGGAAAUGAGAGAAUUUCACCACUGGUUACACAGCCGAAGUUAAAUAUCAAUGAUCCCAAUGAUUUUCCUCCCAUGAAAUCCACCAGCAAAAAAGUAACACCAUCACGAAGAAUCACACCAACACAGGUCAAAGGUGAUGGUAAAAAGGGAAAAUCUUCACCAGCGUUUGCAUCAUCACCAUUUUCUAGCUCGCAUUCCAUGCUGGAUGGCCAUGGAAGUCCAGCAUCUUUACAAGAAGAAAGGGACUUGUUAAAAAUUAUGAAAUCUAAAAGAAAGAAUAAGGGGGAUUCCCCUUGGGGAUAUAGAACUAGCCCCAGUCCCCAAACUGGGAUUAGAUCCCCUCCGUCUCAUGUCUUAGGAGAUUUCAUCAUAACUCCACCAAAACACCCAACUGCAGUGCCUGAUGCAUGGCAAAAGAACAAAUCAAAACCAGAUGAAAGUUUGAUUUCAACACCUUCACCUUACAAGAGCCCUGAUGCAAGUGAAGCUUCUGAUAUCCUGACUGCAGACCCUGGAAGUUGUGAACAGUCUGAGAAACAAAGUUGUAUAGAAGAAAUUCAACCAGUACAAGCUGUGAAGGACAAAGUUAUUUUUCACAUUAAACUGGAUGCUCUUGCUAAAAUUUAUUCAAGAUGUAUAACAGAAAACCUGGUUCCUAAUGUUACAGCAGAAAUUUAUUUUGUGGUACAGCUGUUGACUGCAAGAGGCAUUGCUCAUGAAUCAAGGCAAGAAGAAAUUAAUGGUAACAACAUUGGCUAUCCUAUCCCUGGAAGGGGUGGAAAAAAGAUUUUUAAAAUUGUAGAGGGUGGUCAAUUUUUAGUUGAUGACAUUUUUCCAGGGGUAAAGGGAUGUAAUAAGUCAGAUGAUCCAAAUAUUCUGGAUUCAAUUCAUAAUUCCACUUACUUUGCUGUCACAGUGCUGGAAGAGAUUAAGAGAUUAGUUCUUCUGUUGGACAAGGAGACUCUUCGUUUAUUAGCUGAUAAUCCAAGGAUUGCAGAUUUU